AUGCCAACAGUCUUACUUCCAUCAUCCGCCGCCGCUUUUGCGCCGCGCUCAUCCCCGAAUGUCGUGUUGAAGAACAAGGUUGAGCCUUGGUUGACAGCCACCCUGAAACGAGUCAACCGGGUCAAGCGUCCUCUGAACAAUGUCACCCAGCAUACACGGUGUCUGACAGAAACCCUCUCAUCAUCCAACGCCAUCUGGACGUUGUGCUCCAUGAUGUUCACCAAAGCCCCCGAAUCAGAGCUGGAGAAGAGCGAGAAUUCACUCUGGGAUGCCUUCCAGAAUCACCAGAUGAUCCAUAUCGAAGCCUACGUUGUACAUGUUGACAUGAUUUCACGGAACGAGGUAGCCUUCAAGUUAACCCCGGAGACGAUAGAAUCUCUGGUCGAUUUCCACAAGGAGAUCUACUCAGUAGAUGCCGCGGCCAACACCUACAACUGGUCUGGAAAGCACGCCGAGCUGAAGAAACUACAGGAGGAGUUCGUUCAAGCCGCCAACAAGUUCGUCUACCGCACCAGCGCCGAAGCCCUCGAAGGAUUGGAAGAAGACGGUGCCGGGGAGCUGCUAAGCGGCCGCAGUGAGGAAGCAAAGGCAGCCAUCGGCAAGCUCUUCGUCCCACUGACCGCCCCUCCACCACCGGUGGUGGAUAUCAUGCACCCUGUGCCCCUUCUUCCCAGCUCAACCGGUCCGGAAAACUGGUGGCAGACCUCCGUGCCGCAGCCGCAACUCGAGCCGUGGAAAGUACUGUCGCCCAGCCCCAACCCGGCCACCACGGGUGAUUCUAACCCCAAUCUUUGGGCUAGUAUCAGUUUCAGUGAGGCCCAGCUUGCCUCCCCGACCCCGUCUUACAGCCAACCUUACACAACCUCGCCGUACCAGACCUACGAUUGCAUGCCCACUUGCAUGCCGACGACGUCGGCCGCUAUCAGUGCGCUUCCGUUGCCAAGCAUGUAUGCGAGCAUGCUCGUGCAACCCUGCGGCACGGCUGUUAAUAUGGGCAUGGGUGGUUUCAGCUGGGGCGAGUGGGCGCCACUGCCGUAUGGCACGAUCGCCUAG